AUGUCGAAAAUACUAAGUUUCUUAGCACUCAGCAUAUAUUUCCCACUCACAUUUUAUUUACCUUCCAAAUUAUUGCCCUGCCUGGAGCACAGUAUUACGCAUUAUUCUUGGGAUAAGUGUGAGCAAAUUGUGUUUGAAAAUAUUUUAAUUUUGUCGGGUUUGGUCGGCGUCAGUGGAUUGUUGUGGGUAUCAGCCAAUUUCGCAGAAUACCACUUUCUGUUCAACUGGAUUAUUGUCACUUUCGAAAUAAUAGUGCUUGAGAUUUGUUAUAUGGCUUAUGCUAUUAUUCUAUCAAAAACUCAAUUAUGGAUAUGGCGCCUUGUGUUCUUCGGUUUUCUGGUCGUCAGCUUUAUUUUGGUUUCGUUACACGUUCUGGUGGCGAAAAAGAUUGUUAAAACCCACUUAAUCGAAAAAAUAUUUAGAGUGGUUCCUGGUAACACUGAGUAA